GAAGACGAAGAAGGAAAUACGCUGAAGCUGUUGGAAGCACACGCGCUUAAAGUUCUGAAAAAAUAAAUAAAUAAAACAUAUUAAAACAGAAGCAUGGUGGAAGAGUUCGACUCACCUGUUGUUUAUCUUAGACAGUUUGGCUGUGAACAGGCUUUGUUGUCCAGACCUGACGGUUCCGCGUCAUUCAAACAAGGAAACACACACGUGCUGGCUGCGGUUUAUGGACCAGCUGAGGUCAAAGUCAGUAAGGAGAUCUACGACCGGGCCACUGUGGAGGUUUUGAUACAGCCCAAAGUGGGACUACCAAGUGUUAGGGAACGGUCACAUGAGCAGUGUGUUCGACAAACAUGUGAAGCAUCUCUGCUCUCUUCACUUCAUCCUCGCACUUCCAUCAGUCUCAUUCUUCAAGUCUUACAUGAUGAUGGCUCACUCUUGGCGUGCUUUGUGAAUGCAGCCUGCAUGGCUCUGAUGGAUGCAGGUCUGCCCAUGAGAUGCUUGUUCUGUGGCGUGACCUGUGCCAUUCACACAGACGGUGAAAUCAUCAUCGACCCAACUGCACCUCAGGAAAAGGAGAGCCGCGCUCUGAUGACUUUUGCUAUUGACAGCACACAUCAGGGAGUGAUGAUGUCAUCAACCAAAGGAUCCUUUACAGAGCUCGAGCUACAGAAGUGUGUAGCCAUCAGCCAGAAAGCUUCAGAGAAGAUUUUCCAGUUCUACAGAGAUUCUGUCAGGCGACGAUAUUCAAAAAUGCUUUGAAGGACACUUUUUGUUGUUUUUAAACAUGCCCUCAGUGUUUUAAUAAAAUAUUAUGC